UACUAAUUAUGGAGACCAACUGGAUUCAACUCAAGAAUGCAGUUAAAGGUGAAAAUUACGAGGAGCGGUAUGCCGCACUUGUUACUAUUAAGGAUUCAAUUAUAGGGAGCAACAAACAGAAGUCUUUACUGAUUUCUCAUGAACUUGUUCCAGACAUAAUUCAAGUCUGCUGUGAGGAUAACACCACUAAUAAAAUAGAGGCUUUGAUUAUUAUAGGUUCACUAGCAAAAGGCACAAAAACUCAUGUAAAAAUACUGGUGGAAACAUAUAAUAUUAUAUCAAUACUUAAGAAGGAAUUAACCAUCGAGAAUAAUAAUAUGGUCUGCGUUGAAAUUUGUCUUAGUGCACUUUGUUCCAUAUCAGAGCAUGAUUACGUAACCGCUGAGCAGUUUUUCGGUGAUGAUGUCAGUAUUUCACACUUUCUAGCUUUAACAUCAUUCAUGGGCAACUCGCUGAAAUCGCAAAUUUAUAUAACAACCAUAUUGUGUUCUCUUUGCCAGUCCAAAAAAGAUCAAUUAAGUUUUUUAAAUGCCGGUAUAAUACCAAUCCUGACCCGCAUCAUUUCAAUGGAGAACGAGCCUGUUCAAAUACCAGCUUUAAGAUGCUUGUGCUGCAUGUGCUUUGCAAAUAGAUCCGUUUCAGACAUCAUUUGCGUCACAAGUUUUCAAGGCAAAUCGCUUACAGACAUUUUAAAUUGUUUAAUGUCUCGCUCCUUUUCUCCUAAUAUUCAACUGGGAGCAGCUCGGUGUAUGACUUACAUAUAUCGAUCUGGUACUCUUCCUUCAACGGACCUUAGAAUUUUGCACAGAACUUUACCUUGUUUAGUAAGGCUUUGUUCAGAAGAUUAUAGACAAGAAAUAAGAGCUUCAGCAGCGGAAACAUUGGCGAUACUCAUUGAGGUGGACGCUAAGCUUCAACAAAUCGCUGCUAUCUGCAAUCAUCUUCUGAAGUCUCUAUUUCAAUUAAUAAAAAUAAACGAACCGCACGUAAAGCAAGCAGCAUUAAAAUGUUUGGCAGCGUUGGGUGCUAACGAUGAAACAAUACGUAAAAAAAUUAUCGACAUAAAUAGUCUUGUGGAUGGCAUAUUGCAAAGCUUAAAUGACUGGGAGAGUCAGGUUAGAAUUGCUUCUAUUCGAUGUCUUCAUUCGCUGUCACGUUCUGUUCAACAACUGCGAACGACUUUUCAGGAUCAUUCAAUUUGGGAACCACUAAUAUUUAUAAUGAAUAACGAGGCCUCUACGGAUUUUUUAAUCGCAGUGACUGCAACAAUUUGCAAUUUAUUACUGGAAUUUUCUCCAUCAAAAACACCACUCAUAGGUUCGGGAAUCAUUGAGAAGCUUUGCCAGUUUACAGAACAUGAGCAUCCUUCCUUACGGCUAAAUAGCAUAUGGGCUUUAAUGAAUCUUACAUACCAGUCUGAUGAUAGCACGAAAACCAAUGUUAUAAAUACGAUAGGUAUAAGAAGAAUUUUGGAUUGUCUCAAUGAUUCGAACCCUCUCAUUGUACUAAAAUCAUUGGGUUUAUUGAGAAAUAUUCUCAGCGAAGCUCAUCAAAUCGAUCCGAUUAUGUCCAUGCAUGCUAAGGAGAUAAAUGAUUCUUUAUAUGUGAUAUUAGAUUCUGCUACAUCGGCGGGGAUAAAAGAGCAGGCUCUCUGCGUGAUUGGUGGCGUUGCAGCUGAAAGCCAUCAAAAAGAUUACAUAAUAAACGAUGAGCGGCUUCUAAAGCUUAUUGGGGAACUUUUGUUUCAUCCCGAUAAAAGAAUACAAGCCGGAUCGCUAUAUGUUAUUAGCAGUAUCGUCCAUCGUAAAGACAUAUGGUCGGAUAAGAGCUCCUUAAGGCUUACAAAUUUAAAUGUCUUAAGAAACGUUCAGGAGCUAAAUAAAACAACUGAAAAUGUACAAAUUAGCAAUGAUUAUAUUAGUCGAACAUUAAAGCAAAUUGUUGUCAAAUGUAAGAGUAUGUAUCCAGAUAUUACCAACUAGUUGUAAUGUUAGCAAAUAUCCAUUUAUUUAAUAUAUUAUGAACAAUCCUUCUUUCAAUUCGUUAUUCGUUUAGUUCCUUAUGUGUACUCAGGUCUUCUAAUUUAUUACGCAUAUCCACAAACAAAGGA